CAGGGCUGGUCUAUAGAUUACUUAGCUCGUGGACGUUAGACAUCAACUAAGCUGGACGAAACAAUAAAAAGUACAAGAAAGUGGACUGUGUUAGUUUUCUAUCCAUAAAAGCUGCAUUGAAAAAAUUCAACAAAUAUGUUAUUAAGACCAGGAGCAGUAAACUUUAAGGAAAAGUGGAAAUGCUUAGAAGAGACUGUUCAGAGUAUCUUGAGACUAGACACAAUUCCUAGGGAUAUUUGGCAUGCACGUUUCAAUGAUAUUUAUUAUAUGUGUGGUGCUUUCCCAGAGCCUCAUGAUGAUAAACUUUAUGAAUCAACAAAGUUAUUACUAGAGACAUAUGUAUCUCAACUGUCGACGCUUAUUCAAACCGAAGGUACUGAGAAUCAGUUACAAAGUUAUUGUUCAUAUUGGCAAAAGUAUAGUAAAGGUAUAAAACUCCUAGACUCUCUGUAUCAGUACUUUAACAAUACAAUUCGUGCAUAUUCUGCGACACGGUCAUUGCAUAGGAGAGAAUCAGAUGAGCCUAAAAUGAUGAUGAUUGGAGAACUGGGAUUUGAUGUAUGGAAUCGCAUUAUAAUUGUACCACUGAAAGACAGUAUGCCUAAAUUAUUAUUGGAUGAGUUUGAAAAACCAAGAUAUAAACUAUCCAUAACCACGCCUUUAGAUACCAUUGCUGUUAUUCUUAAAUCAUUUGUUGAAGUCCAAGAGUUCAAUAAAAAAUGUCCACUUGAACUAUACCAAAGUUAUUUUGAGCAACCUUUUUUGAAGCGAUCUAGUGAAUACUUUGAACUUGAAUCUACAAAAUUGUCCGAAGAAUUCACAGUGUCUGAGUAUAUGGCUAGAGUAUUGGUAAUAAUGAAAGAAGAAGGAAUUAGAGCAAAAAAAUAUCUUCAUGAAAGCACUUAUAACAAACUGCAAUCAAGAUUUCGUCAAAUUGUGGUUGUUGAUCAUUUAAAUUUUUUACAUGGAGAGUCUGAAGCUAUGAUAAGAGAAGAGCGACUUAAUGACAUGCACAAUAUUUAUUUACUUCUAUGCGAUGUUAAAGAUGGAUUUGGCUCAUUAGGUGACGUUUUCAGAGAGCUCAUAAAAAAAAAAGGAAUUAAGGUUCUCGAAUCUUUAAAAAAAAAUCAAAUAUAUGUACAUUUUGUUGAGGAUAUAUUGGAGCUACAUACAAAAUAUAAAUCUAUAGUCGCAGAUGUGUUCAAUAAUGAUUUUUACUUCAGUGAAGCUCUCGAUACAGCAUUUGCAAUAAUUGUAAACUAUAAAUUCGAAGAAAACCAACCAUCGAAAGCCCCAGAAUAUUUAUCAAAAUACUGCGACAAGUUACUGAAAAAAUCAUGUAAAGGCUUAAGUGAAGCUGAAAUUGAACACAAACUAUUACAGUCUAUCACAAUAUUUAAGUAUAUAGAUGAUAAAGAUAUAUUCCAGAACAUCUAUCAAAUGCAUCUGGCCAAACGGUUAAUACUUCAACAAAGCCAGUCCACAGUCGGAGAAGAAGGAAUGAUCAACAACUUGAAACAAGCUUGUGGUUACGAGUUUACAAAUAAAUUACACCGUAUGUUUACUGAUAUCAGAGUAUCAGAAGGACUAAACACUCAAUUUCAGAAGGAAUUUCUUAAGACUACUAGAGAUGAAUUGAAUUUGUCUUUUUCUGCAAAUAUAUUGCAAACUGGGGCUUGGCCUAUGAUAUUAACACCCAAAUCAUUCGUUAUUCCUGAACAACUGAUGAGUUGUUCAAAAAAUUUUGAAGUUUUCUAUAAAGAAAAAUUUGUUGGACGGAAAUUAACAUGGCUUCAUCACCAAUCUCAGGGCGAGUUAAAAUUGAAUUAUUUACCAAAAAUGUAUAUAGUGACAUUACAUAUGUUUCAAAUGUCGAUCUUGUUACUGUUUGAAAACUUCGAUACAUUGAAAUAUUCUGAAAUUAACGAGAUACUUCAAUUAAGUGAUGAUCAUUUUCAAAAACAGAUCAAUAGCUUAGUAGAUUGUAAAUUGUUAUUGCUUGAUGGUGAUAAUGUAAAAUUGAACAUGAACUUCAGCAAUAAACGUACAAAAUUGUGUAUAACAUCAGCCGUCCUAAAAGAUAUACCGCAAGAGAUUGAACAGUCUAUUAAUUCUGUUGAAAUUGAUCGUGAAGCAUUUUUACAGGCUACUAUAAUUCGAAUAAUGAAAAUGCGUAAAACAUUGGUGCAUAAUAAGCUUGUGAUUGAGAUAUUUUCCCAAACAAAAUCAUUUUUGCCAUCCACUGGGUUCAUAAAUAGAUCCAUCAAGAUAUUAAUUGAUAAAGGAUAUCUAGAAUGCAGCCCAAAUUUACCUGUUGAGUACAAUUAUGUUGCUUAAUAUUUAUCAAAUAAGUAAUAACAUACCAAUAUUAACUUAAUUAUCAAUUCAUUACUAUACAUAAUACCAUACUUUUUAGUUUUAAAAUCAUUUUUGAAUUGUACCUACCUAAGAAUAAUUAUGUUUGUUCUUGUAAACUAAAUAUUGUGUGUCUAACUAUACUUAUUAUUAUAAUCCUUUUAACACUGUAGAUAAUUUAGGUAAUUUAAUGUCUUAGAUUUUAAAUCUAAAGAUUAGUUAUCAGAAAGUGUGAUUUUUGUUGUUGUAUUAGUACUUACCAAAUUGAAAAUUUCUAUGAAUAGAGAUAGAAUAUUGACGACCUAAAUAACACACAAAAAUUCACCAAAUAAAUGCAAAAAUACUCUAAUAGCUCCAAAAAAAGACCUUAAAAUAUGACCAAUAAAUCUACUUAAAUAAGUGAAAAAAUGUAAUUUAAAAAUAAUAAUUAUAAUUAUUAGAUAUAUUAGUGUGAUAAUGGAUGUCAGAGUAAUUAAAAAAUAAAAUAGAAGUAAAAAAAAUGUAUUAAUACAACAAAACCCCACAUAUCUAAAAUUUGAGAAAAAUUCCCCACAUUGUACAAAAAUUAAAAAAUUGCGUUAAUAAGAAAACAAUCUUUUUAUACCUAGCUAAAAUUGAAUAAAAAUGCAAAAUUAAAUUAGUAUAUUCUUAAUCAAGGGAGCAUGUAACAAAUUUUAAACUAAGAUAGCAUUUUAUAGGAUCAUAGUAAAAAAUCUAAAAUAGUCAUCAACUACCUAUCUCUAUACUUAUGAACUAUAAUAUAUUUAUAAUUAUUGUGGUGAUGAAUCAGUGUUGAGUAAGUUACUUUUGAAAUUAAGUUACUUUACUCGUUAC